AAGAGAGAGAGAGAGCAGAGUAAAAAGCGAAGUGUAGAGAGAGAAAGGAGAAAGAGAAAGCAGCAGAGGGUUUUCGAUCAAAGAGUCAUGCUCCCCUAAAGAGGCAUAACUUGGUUUCACUAGUUGCAGCUGUAGCCUGAGAGCUACGGAGAUUUGUUUCCCUAUUUGAAGACUUGAAAAAUCUAAGAAUCUAGUUAUGUCUCUGGAGCAUGUGGAGGGUUUUGAAAUGCGAAAUAUCGGCAAUAAGGAUUCAAAGGAAAGCUCAGCCUAUUCAACACCUAAUUGUGUGAAUUUACCAUCGUGGUGGAAUUCAAGUGCAUCGAAUUAUCCACCAUCUUAUCCUAAGAAUUUGUACAUGAACAUGGACCCUCUUGCACCACAAGAAAAUCAAUUAAAGUAUUUGGGCGCUCAUAUUGCUGAUCAGGACUCCUCAUCCACUCAUUCAAGUGAUCAAUCACACCAAGAAUUGUCGGGUUCUACUGAAAGCAAGAGUCAAGGACAAUGCAUUUCUGCACAGUCUGGCAAUGAGGACGCAUUUGAGAGGCAUCUUGAGGGUCACUUAAAGUCGGCAUCAUCUUCUGGAGCUCCAGAAGUGGCUUUACCAUCUGCCAAACUUGAUUACAACCCAUCUAUUGCUUGCAUUCCAUAUCCAUAUACUGAUCCAUACUAUGGGGGAGUCCUUGCUCCUUAUGGCUCUCAUGCUAUUAUUCACCCCCAGUUGUUGGGAAUGGCUCCAUCUUCUCGGGUCCCAUUACCUCACGAGCAGGCUGAAGAAGAACCCAUUUAUGUCAACGCGAAGCAAUUCCAUGCCAUCCUUCGGAGGAGAGAGCUCCGUGCAAAGCAAGAGGCUCAGAACAAACUUAUCAAAGGGAGAAAGCCAUACCUUCACGAAUCUCGGCACAUGCACGCAAUGAAAAGGGCUAGAGGAGUAGGCGGCCGCUUCUUAAACACCAAGAAACUUCAGCAGCGAACAGAACCAUCGGAGAACAGAACCAACGCUGCAGGCUUAGCUGGCUCUGAUGUUUCAAGCAUCUCCAAUGGCAAUGGCAACGACAACGGAGGCUUUCAUCAUCAUCAGAACCACUUCGACUUCAAAUCCCACAUCAUGGGAAACGGGCAAAACAGCGGGCAGCAUAGGGUUUCAGUGAUGAGAUAAAUCACCGGAAAUAUUUAUCGGGCAAUUCAUCCUUGGCUAUGAAUAUGGUAGCUUACUUUGAUCAAGUAUAUGUUAGCCACAAGUUAGGUGUCACAUAGUUUAACUUCUGGGUUUUAUUUCCAUAUAAUGUAUUCAGUGUUGAAGUAGUGGGAUUCCUUUGUUUGGGGUAUCUGAGUGUGUUCUCAUACUGUUUAUAGAGUUCUGUUGCUCAAACCUGUGUAUCGAUGGGAGUAUCUCUUGCUUUUGUUGUCGCUUAGAACUUGUGGCGGUUGAUAAAUUGUUAGAAUCUGUGUUACAAAUUAGCAUGUGAUAUUGUAGU